UCCCCACCUCUGAAAAAAUCACAAAGCAACACACACACAGAGAUACAUAUACAUACAUACAUAGACACAAACACAUACAUUCUAACAUAUCUAUAAUCUGAAAGAAGAUGGGUUCCAGUGAAGUCAAGCCGUUCAAGAAGAAAGAAGGGAGUGUGAUCCCGAAGGAGAGAGAGCUGGUGAAGACUAAAGUCGUCAAAGCCAUUUACUCUUUGAUCCGUCCCUCAUGCGAUGGUAUUCAGGGUUCUGAGCCAUCCCGCGACGGCGACGACAAGCGCGUGUACCCCACUCUCCCCUGACCGGUCGUUUUUAUGGUGGUUUUGAAGAUACGAAUUUGGGUGGCAGUGACAUGAUCUUCAAUGGGUUCUUCUCCUUCCUCUGUUUUUUUCUUUCGUUCUGUUGUUUAUAAGCUUAAUGUGUCUAUGUUUGUUUUUUUCUGUCUUCGAUGGAUUAAUAUCUAUAAUUUGCUAUGUAAACAAGUAGUACUAUAUUUGAUCAUGAUGUUUGUGAUUAAUUAUGGUACUACACUACUACUAGACAUUUUAAACAUAUUCUGAUUUUGUAUUCCUUUUUACAUUUUAAAAGAAAGCAUGCUUUGUGUUUAUUGUGAUUA